AUGGUUGAGUGGGUUUGGGAGCUUUAUGGAACAGGAGAAGUUCUUGAAGCAGCAGACCAGAAGCUCUGUGGAGGCUUUGAUGAGAAAGAAAUGGAGUGUUUGCUGGUAGUUGGCCUCUGGUGUGCUCACCCAAAUUACAAUCUCCGGCCAUCGAUAAGGCAAGCUACUCUUGUGCUCAACUUUGAAUCUCCACUGCCUGAUCUUCCAUCAAAGAUGCCGCUCUGCCCCACAGUUUUUC